GAGAAACGUACGUUGGCGUUGGUAAUAAGCUUUAUCAGUUGAAACUUCCUGUUCUGUGACCUAUUGACCCUUUCCCGCGCUUAAAUUUGCACAUUGUGAAGAAAAAAAGAAAACAAUGGCAGAAGAAACAUCAUCAGAUCCAUUUUCCACAGCCACAAGUCCUUCUAGGGGUUCUAGAGGGAGAAGAAGUAGUCGUGGGGACCCACUGACUUCCAGUCCUGGACGAGAUUUACCUCCCUUUGAAGAUGAGAGUGAAAUGGAUGCUGGAGUUGCUGAGGAAGAGGCAGAUGGAGAAGAACUGUUUGGAGAUAACUUGGAACAAGAUUAUCGUCCUAUCCCUGCAUUGGAUGUUUAUGAUCAAGAAGGUCUCGAUGAGGGAGAUUUCUCUGACUUGUCUGAAUCACAACGAGCAGCUGCCGAAAGAGAAAUACGUCAGAGAGAGAAAGAAGAAGGUGUUUUGUAUGGUCGUAUGAGAAGGGGCUUGAUGUAUGAAGAAUCUGAUGAAGAAGAUGACGAAGCUCCAAGAAAGAGACGACGUGCAGAAAGGGCUGCUGAAGGAGAUGUGGAAGAAGAAGAGAUGAUAGAAAGUAUAGAGAAUUUAGAGGACAUGAAGGGUCAUUCUGUUCGGGAAUGGGUAUCAAUGUUAGGGCCUAAAACAGAAAUCAAGAAUAGAUUUAAAAACUUCCUGCGAACAUUUGUAGAUCAAAAAGGACACAAUGUGUAUAGAGAAAAGAUAAGACAAAUGGUAGAAGCAAACAAAGAAAGUUUGAUAGUUGAUUAUAAUAUGCUGGCCUCUGUAGAACAAGUAUUAGCAUACUUCUUACCAGAAGCUCCUGCUGAAAUGUUGACAAAUUUUGAUGAGGCUGGUACAGAGGUUGUAAUGAGUAUGUAUCCCAAUUAUGAUAAAAUUGUAAAAUCAAUCCAUGUUCGAAUAGCUGAACUUCCACUUAUAGAAGAAUUAAGAUCAUUAAGACAGUUGCAUUUGAAUCAGCUGAUACGUACCAGUGGUGUAGUAACAAGUUCAACAGGAGUCAUGCCCCAACUCAAUGUCAUUAAAUAUGAUUGUAACAAAUGUAACUUUCUGCUUGGACCAUUUUAUCAGUCACAGAGUCAAGAAAUCAAGCCUGGUUCUUGUCCUGAAUGUCAGUCAACUGGACCUUUUGAAAUCAAUAUGGAACAGACAUUAUAUAAGAAUUACCAAAGAAUAACAAUACAAGAAAGUCCUGGUAAAGUACCUGCUGGUAGACUUCCAAGAUCUAAAGAUGCUAUAUUACUGGAUGAUUUGGUAGACACAUGUAAACCGGGUGAUGAAAUAGAAUUGACUGGUAUCUACCAUAACAACUAUGAUGGCUCACUAAACACACAGAAUGGAUUUCCAGUAUUUGCCACAGUUAUACAGGCCAACUUCAUCACAAAGAAAGAUGACAAGCUGGCUGCAGCAAAUCUGACAGAUGAAGAUAUUAAAGCUGUUGUACAAUUAUCAAAGGAUGAAAGAAUAGGAGAAAGAAUAUUUGCAAGUAUAGCACCAUCUAUUUAUGGUCAUGAGGAAAUCAAACGUGCCAUAGCAUUAGCUGUUUUUGGUGGUGAACCUAAAAAUCCAGGAGGAAAACAUAAAGUGAGAGGGGAUGUUAACAUCUUAUGUUGUGGUGACCCAGGAACAGCCAAAUCACAGUUUCUUAAAUAUGUAGAAAAAACUGCUCAAAGAGUUGUAUUUACCACUGGACAGGGAGCCUCAGCUGUUGGUCUCACAGCAUAUGUCCAAAGGAAUCCAGUGUCCAGGGAAUGGACACUUGAAGCAGGUGCCUUGGUGUUAGCUGAUAAAGGAAUUUGUUUAAUUGAUGAGUUUGACAAGAUGAACGAUGCUGAUCGAACAAGUAUACACGAAGCCAUGGAACAACAGAGUAUAUCUAUCUCUAAAGCAGGCAUAGUUACCUCCCUUCAGGCUAGGUGUUGUAUUAUAGCUGCAGCUAAUCCUAUUGGUGGAAGAUAUGACCCAUCGUUGACCUUUGCUGAAAAUGUUGAUUUAACAGAGCCUAUUUUGUCCAGAUUCGAUGUUUUGUGUGUUGUUAGAGAUACAGUUGACCCAAUCCAGGAUGAAAGAUUGGCUAGAUUUGUAACAGGCAGUCACAUUAAACAUCAUCCUAAUGCAACAGAUGCUCAGGCAGAUGAAAAUUUGAAUCUCUUGAACACAAGUGCAUCAGUUGAGCCUCUACCUCAAGAUUUACUUAAGAAAUACAUUAUUUAUUGUAAAGACAAAGUUCAUCCAAAACUCCAUCAAAUGGACCAAGAUAAAGUUGCAAAGAUGUACUCAGAAUUGAGAAGAGAAUCAAUGGCUACAGGAAGUAUACCAAUCACUGUCAGACAUAUUGAGUCCAUGAUACGUUUAGCAGAGGGACAUGCUAAGAUGCACUUGAGAGAUUAUGUUAAUGAAGAUGAUGUUAACAUGGCCAUGAGAAUUAUGUUGGAAAGUUUCAUUAGUACACAAAAGUUCAGCAUCACAAGAACAAUGAGAAAGACAUUUAGCAGAUAUUUGACAUACAAGAAGGACAACAAUGAAUUGUUAUUGUUUAUUCUGAAACAAUUAGCUAUGGAUCAAAUGUCAUUCCAGAGGAACAGAUUUGGACUUGACCAAGAGACCAUAGAAAUUUCAGAAAAAGAUUUGGCAGAUAAGGCAAGACAAAUCAACAUCAGUAACCUGACAAAUUUCUACGAAAGUGAUAUAUUUAGAUCAAACAGGUUCAAUUUGGACAGAAAAAGAAAGAUGAUUGUCCAGACAGUGUAAAGUUCAAAGAUCAAUUUUUCAAAAGAUAUUGCAAAUACAUAUUUUGUAAGAUUUCAUAUUACUGACACUCCAUUCAGCAUAGUGCUCAUACUUAAUGUGUUCAGAUAAAAAAAUGUGUUCAAUAUAAAAAAUGUGAGUGUUGAUCUAUACACCUUUUUGUGUUUAUUGUGAAUGUAGAUUAUUACACCUUACUGUGUUCAUAUUUUGCAGACUUCACAUAUCUAACUUAGAAAGUAGUCAAUGUUUUGUAUGACAGCAGUUUAUUGAAGUAUAUCUCUUUAUCUUUUGAAAUAAAUGUUUACAUCAGGCUGCAGUCUUUGAAGUAACAAUUCACAAUAGAAAUUCCUAUAUAACUAGAAGUAAAUGAAAUCAGAAAUCAUGAGUUGCUCCUUAUCCAGGAUGUCCAGAACAAUGCAAUUCUCUCCACUUGUGGUCUGAUAAAUCAUUCUGUUGUAGGACUUUAAAAAAACUUAAGAUUAUGUCCAAUUCCUGAAAUUUAUGUGGCAAAUAAUAAAAGGAUAUCCAAAAUUCUCCUUGAACCAAUGUGAGGAAAUUUGCAUAAAAAAUGAACCUUCAGUCUCAUGUGCUAAAAUCACAUCAUUGUUCAUCUAGAAGAUUUAGACUUGUGCUAUACAUAUAGUAAUACUUGCUUGAAGACAGAAAUUCUGAAUUCACACAAUCUGUAUAAAUCAUACUUAAACCAAGGCUGUGAGGCAAUGUCAAUUUUAAAUUAAAAAAAAUGUAAUGAUCAAUUUCAGGAUUUUUGUGUUAUGCAGGUUUUACUCCAAGAUGCACAGAAAUAUUUUAUAUUAUACAAUUAAAUUAUUUUCUAUUGAAAUUUUUACAGAUGUAGUUUUAUAUUAGAUACUGUUGACUAUGAAACAGACUAAUUUUGUAUAUUUGUAAUGUUUUGUGCCAAUGCCAUUUGAUGUAUUGUUCUUAAUCUGUAAUAUAAAGCAUGAGACAUUGAUUCACCUUAUCAUGAAAUAAAAAA